AUGGAAGACUUUGGCUACCCAAAAACCCAUUGGGCCAUUGGCCAUGGGGAACAAAAAGGUGACCGGACACCAAACGAGAAAACAUCUACUCCAGUGGUGAUCAAUCAUGGCACACGCACUACAUCAGAAAGAGAGCCAAUCAUUUCGGAUCAAAGCUACAGUAGGAUAACCGGCAGAGUCAUUAGGAAUGUUGGGUAUACCUGCCAAUAUUGCGCCAAAACCUUCACUAGGGUUGAACAUCUUCGCCGCCAUAUGUUGACGCACACCGCAGAUCCUUCAUUUGUCUGCGACCUUUGCCAAAAGCCAUUUUGGCGUAAGGACCUGAUGGAGCGACAUAUUGAGCGACAUACUAUGGAGCGACAUACUAUGGAGCGAUAUAUUGAGUUCCGCGAUAAGCGAGUAUCGCAUGCCUGUCUUAGUUGCGUUAAGGCGAGGGUGAAGUGUGACGGCAACAAGCCGUGCAAGCGCUGUAUUAGUAUAAAAGUUGAUUGUAUGCCCGCACCCCUUCCUUUAACGGUAGCGGCACACUCCGUGGAUUUGGCAGGCAAGUCGCUGUCCGCCACUCCCAACGUUGUUGGAGAUCAUGAUCUGGAUCAUGAUCUGGGUCUUGAUGGUGAGAAGUCACUCGCCAGGGAAUAUGAUAUCCCAGACCAUUCUGGGUACGGGUCUAUUGCGUAUGGCAUGAUCCAAGAACCUAAUCGGACGGUCUCUGGGGCCAAUGCGGCCUUGAAUUCUCAAGACGUUCAGCUACAGCCACGGCUGGAUCAGCUGGUAGAUGGCGACCGAAUGCCGAGCAUGUCGGAAUGCAACGAUCUUUUGACUUGCCAUUCCGACGAGACUGCCAUUCCCGCUCAGAGGAUAGAGGACUAUGCGCUUGAUUUUGCCGAGGAGCUUUUCAAAACCAUCAUGGAGUGUGAUUUGGAUCAAUCUAGACUACAAGGCUCAUUCUCGACAAUCUCGAAUCUCCUGAGAGAUUUCUCCAUAAAGAUUGGGUGUGAGGGAACACCACAAGUGUAUAGAGACGUCAUGUUCUUUACACACAAAUACAGAGGUCAUAUUUGCAAAUGUUUAUAUCAUCUCUGUUCUAAGAGUGACUGGAGUGAAUCGAGGCAUGAAGACUUCACUUCAGAGAAAAUGCCACUCAGAGAACGCUUAGGCUCAUGGUUCGAAGGGUUGCCUGGGGACACGUCUGAAUACCUGCAUUUUCGUGAUUUGAAAAUUGUUGAUGAUAUUGACAACAGCGACGUCUCCAGCACAUCAGAGCCUGGUUGGCUCGACGAAGCAAAGGAAACAAACAAAGAGGUAUAUACUGGAUUUUUCCGGGAAUUUGUCCUGAAUUCUAGUGCGUGCCGGUGGCUUCUGCCUCGUCUGCAGCUGGAAAUUGCUUGCGCUCAAGGCCAGUCACAAGCAAUGCAUAAUAUUAAGAGAACAAUCACAAGUCGUUUGAAAGAGGGUCUAAAAAUCAGCAAAAGAAUGUGUCAGCCCUCUCGCUCGGUGCUCUUCAUCAUGCAAUGGGAUUUGAAGGGCUUUUUGCAGGAACAGGAGCUGGGUAUUUGCUCGCAUGAAGCAAUUGCGAAUAUCAUCACCCUCACCGGUGCUGACGAUCUCAUACAAGCCUUGACCACAAAAGAAUACAUGAAGCAAACAUGGCCCUUGACUGGGCUACAGGUCUUGGGAGUCGUGCAAGAUGCUUACAAAACAGGCCUCAAGUCAAGCGUCACACUUUACGAUGGGACAGAAAUCAAUGCCUUAUUUCGACAAACCUUAUUCGAAGACCAAGAACUCGUGGUAAGCGCCAACGGAUCCAGCCCGUCCCUCGCCGAAGUUGGUGAACAAUUGGCGUGGCUCGCAGCUGCGCUUCGUUCUGCCCCCAAUCGAGAUUGGAAACAAGAUGUCUACUGUACCCCAUUCAUCUACAACGAAGAGAUGCCUUCGGAUUCGGUUAUAUGCAAAAUCGGAUUCGACUUCCAGAAUAUUGACAAGCGAUCUUAUCCCGCAAAUGGCCAUUGCUGGCAUAAACUCUUCACCAGUCCGAUCGUAGUAGGCGGUUAUCCCAUCCCUUCCAGACCGGAGGCGUGCAAAGGUGUCGAGAUACCGUUGAAUAUAAUGGCACUACUUGCGGGAACCAACCAAAUCAAUAUAUUUAAUGGGAAAACAGUUAUUAAAGGGUUUUCGACGUUAAUAUACCCAACUAAAAAAACAGCCGAUACCAUCUACUGGCACCUGACUGGCACAAACAACGAAGAUCGAAUAUCCUACCUGAGUGAAACACCAGGUCACGUAGGAUUUAUCGAGAAGAGGGAACUGGAAAGCCGCCGAUGUGUUCUUGGAUGGUGUUCUGACGCCGAGUUCUAUGCUGGUUCGGCAUAUGCCAAUUAUUUGAUUGAAAGCGCAUAUCUUGGCACUCCUGACGCCGGCUGUCCUUUGGCGGAUUUGACGCUGGUCCCCAGCAUACCAGUCGCAGAUUGUUCUGCGUUUGUCUGCAAAAGAGAUAGCGAUGUCUCUCUACAACUAGGACGUAAAGGAUAUAUAAAAAGGCUCAAAUGGCUUGACAAAAAAUUCGUACUUCUCUGGGACGAAGGAGACCGGCGAGGGUGGCUGAUGAAAGGGACAACCGCUUUGCUUCAUCUCGUGCGAUCCUCACUGCAGUAUGAUAGCGUGGACAAGUUUCGCAGUGAGUUUUUGUUCCGAAAAGAGGAUUUGGAAGAGGCUGAAUUGGUCGACCCGCAAGCCGCCGUCAAAGUACUCCUGAGCAAAAGAAACAGAGCACUGAAGUUGUACGAAGAGGAAGAUGAGUCAUUCAAAGAUCGAGUUGAUCACUGUUUCGGCAUUCUCGAAAGACUCAUCGAUUACCAGGAAGAUGCAGGAGAGCGAGGUAGCAGAGACUCCAAAGAACAAGCUCGGCAGUACCUCUCCGGCUGGGACUUCCAUGAGUUAGCUACCAAGAAUGACACACGGCUAUUUUCCCGGAUGACGAUAUUAGAGAGUCCAGGGAAAUCGUGGGUUGACUUCAUCAAGUCUAUCCAGGCAAUCACUUUGUUUGGGCGGGGCUUUGGCACGUUAAUCAAGCCGUCCACCAGCACCACCAUUUGUAAUAACUGGAGGGAGGUUCCAAAGGACCGAUUUUAUAUCUCGGCGGCAACUUCCGACUUGAAAGAUAUUACUAACGUCUCUUACACUAAAGACGGCCAUACUAGGAUCGGCUUGCAUAACAUUUGGCAUACUGAAACCACUGCUUUUGAUUACACACCUUGUUCUCUAUUGAGAGGCCAUGAUUGCCACGAACCUGUACAGUCACUUCUACCACUGUCCAUGUCAUCUGCAGUGUCCCCAGGAGGCAAAAAGCUUAUGUUAUCAGACUCGGGGGCGGUGAUUUUCGGGCAUCACUCUAAACUUGGAUGGGUAUGGGAUGAUUUCGGACCUCCUCGCCAAGGGGACCUUCACCCUUAUGAUUCGACAUUGGUUGAUUCGCCACUCCCUACUGAUAGCGGCUACGUCUCGAGUCAGAAAUCUUCAAUUCAGGAGUUUGACUCCAAGUUCAGCCUACCACCUUUGAACGGUGCCAUGAAUACCGCGGUUGCCGAGUCUCCGGCGCCUGUGGAACAAUAUCCUCGUGAGGUGUAUACGGUCGGAAUCCUGUGUGCUUUGGACAUAGAGCUCUUAGCAAUAAGGGCUCUCCUAGACGAAACCCACGACGACACGGACCGAGCGACGGGUGAUGACUAUGCAUAUGCUCUGGGGCGAAUGGGAAAACACAAGGUUGUUGCGACCUGUCUCCCCGAUGGUGAAUAUGGAACAAACCCUGCGGCUGAAUGUGCAACAAAUAUGAAGAGAAGCUUCUCGAAUAUCAGGUUUUGCCUGUUAGUUGGCAUAGGUGGCGGUGUGCCCUCCGAUGCCAAUGACAUACGACUAGGAGAUGUUGUUGUAAGCCUCCCGAAGGGUGACUUACCUGGUGUGAUCCAAUAUGAUCGCGGGAAAGAGAACGGCGAUGCAAUGCUUGAAAGAACAGGAGCCUUGCAAGGUCCGCCCAGGGCUCUUCGUGCCUUGAUCAACUAUCUCAAGUCUACUCCUGGGGGCUCAUCGGAUAUGCUUCUCACUUAUGUGGAAAAUAUUAUAGCAUCUGAAAGUGUUGGCAGCAAGAAAAGAUUCAGCCACCCCGGCGAGGAGCUUGAUAUACUAUUCGAGAGUCGUCCUGAAGGCGACAAUAAUUCUCAGCCUUCACACCAGGUUAAACACAGAGAGCCGAGGCCGACAAACAGCCCGGUCGUGCAUUAUGGUACCAUUGCCUCUGGUAAUAAGGUGAUAAAGAAUGCAAGAUUUAGGGAUGAAUGGGGACAGAAGUACGGCGUACUAUGCUUUGAAAUGGAAGCAGCUGGCGUCAUGAACAUCCUGCCAACCCUUGUCAUCCGGGGUAUUUGUGAUUAUUGCGAUGCACAAAAGAACAAAGUUUGGCAGGAAUAUGCUGCUGCUACAGCCGCCGCUUAUACAAGGCAUCUGCUAUUUCAUCUGCCUUAUCAUGAGCCAGACAAUAGGAUAUUAUGGAAACGGAUGAAUUCAGAUCUAUUCGAUGCUCAAACUGAAGAGCGGCCGAAGAAAUUCACUAAAAUACCUUGA